AUGCCCCUUAAAACAGCCCUCAUCACAGGCUGCAGCGAGGGCGGUCUGGGUGCCGCCCUCGCCAAAGCCUUCCAGGAGCAGGGCUACCACGUCUUCGCCACCCUACGCAAUCCCGCCAAAGUGGGCGCCCUAGCUGGCGAGGAAGGGACAAAUAUCGACGUUCUACAGCUCGAAACCACGUCAGAGGAGUCCAUCAACAACUGUCUCAAGACAGUGAAGAAAAAGACGGGCGGGAGUCUAGAUGUACUGGUCAACAAUGCGGCGAUCGGCACCACGAUGCCGCUGAUUCACGCCUCGAUCGAAGACGCAAAGGCGAUGUACGAUGUCAAUGUUUGGGGCACCCUGAGAUUGAUACAGGCAUUCUCACCGCUUCUUCUCGAGUCCAAGGGCGUAGUCAUGAACAUAUGCUCUAUUGUUGGCGCUGCGAAUGUAGCGUGGCAAGGAAUAUACAACAGCUCCAAGGCCGCGGAGACGAUGAUGUCAGAAACGCUGCGCAUGGAGCUGGAGCCACUUGGGGUGCGCGUGAUGACCGUCAUGCUGGGUCAGGUCAGCACACAGAUGUACGCCAACACCCCGACGUUUAAGCUGCCCGAAGGGUCACCAUAUGAGAAGAUCGCCGAUAUUAUCACUAGCUCCAGCAAGGGCGACUUGAACCACGAUAAUGAGCCGGCCGACGUUGUGGCGAGGAACCUAGUGCGGGAUGCGAUCAGUGGUCGCCGCGGCCAGAUUUGGCGUGGUGGCCUGGCCGGCACCGUGUACCUUUCGUUGUGGCUUUUACCGAAGAGGCUGUUUGAGUGGAUUGUGCACCUGAAGAGGGGCGUAUAUGAUCUUUAG